AUACGAAAGACGACUGUAUUUAGCAAAACUCGGCAAAACUAUCAAUAAUAUCUCGAUCUGGGUUUUGCAAAGCUUUAUAGGGUUUAAGAGCUAUGGCUCUCUGAGCUUCAUUUGGAAAUCUUCAUUGUUCUUCGACGACUUUGUUUGACUACAGGCUUAGUCAGGAGCUGAUUUGGGAUUUGAGAUGGCGACAGAGCAGAGCGGAUUAGAAGAUCAGGAGAGCCAACCAAACCAAGUGGCUCCUGGUUUUGUAGGAGCAAUUGAAGAAAAAUACAAGAAACUCAAAGAUCACGCCGAAGCUUAUCCAUAUGUUUGGGGUUCUUAUACUGUUGUCUACGGUGGUCUUUUCCUUUGGACAGCUUAUAGAUGGAGGAAACUUAGGAGAACCGAGGAUCGAGUUCGUGGUCUUCAGACAAAACUUCGGAAACUCGUUGAAGAUGAACAAGCAGCAGUAACAGCUUCUAAAUCUGCUCAAUCAAUGGACAAGUCUUCUUCAAUAUCUGACAAGAAAACGUCUUAAUUAGUGAUUUACAUUCAAAACCAUUGUCUUUGUUAGACUUUUGACAAGGUUAGUUUCAUCCAACCGAAUCAAUAUUCCCGGGGUUUAUCUGUUUUGUCACAGUACUUGUGUUCUUUAUCCGCAUAAAAUUCAUGUACAUGAAUGAAGAAGAGAAAUUCCUUAUAUGUUGAAACGCUAAAAAGUCAUGUUAAGCGUUGUUGUUCCUGUAGACGGAGGCUUUACCAAGUCAAUGCCUUAAACCUUGAUUAUUUGUUUCCAUGUAUCGAUGCUAUAACAACUGAAUUAACAUUACCAGGUUUAACU